AUGGUCUCUACAGCUGGAGGAAUCAUCAUCGCCAUCCUCGUUCUGCUCGUUGCGGCGGCGAUUGGCUGGGUCGUUUUCACACAGAUGCGCGCCCGCAGAUUAGGUCUGCCCUCGCCCACGCUCUCCUCCUAUCUACCGUGGAAACGAAACGAAAGCCCGUACGGCCCCCCCCAGCCCGCGCCGGGCGGCAUCGUCGGCUGGGUCAACGACCAGGUGCGCAAGGUCAAGAUCCGCAAAAACCGAUCGGCUACCGGGGCGUACGAGCCGACGCCUCUGCACGGCGCUGCCGGCGCGCGCCGCGGCUUCGACCCGCUGGAUCCCGACGAGGCGUGGGAUACCCGCGUUGGCCAUGAGGCCGACGGCUACGGAUACCCCGAGGAGCGAGAGUUUGAUAGACGUGGCCAGACCGAGUAUGGCGGCGCCGGCGGCGGAAGCUACAGCAUGAAUCUCGCUGCGACGCCGGUGCCCGACGAGGACGACGAGGAGCGAGGCCGGCCGGGUCGCCUUUCUGUCGGGUCCGUCGGCAGGAACCCGUUUGACGACGACGCCGUGUCCAGCCUGCGAGGCGUGAGCCCUCGGCCUAUCGAGACGUACGAGACUGCCGCCGCGCCAGGUUUGCAGGCGAAACGAGGUAGCGCAGACGCGGACGCUGCCAGCGCCAGGAACAGCCCCACGGAUAGGAGAUUUGCAUUCCGGGAGAAUGUCUGA